CCUCCUACAGAGUUGACGUACAACACCUUUUGACAGCAAAGUGUUAACAAAGAAGUUUAAAAUACAACAUUUAGCGGCUUCUCUUGGCAUUUCCUGUCCAAUUCAGGCGAUACUUGCCUGCUAUAUUUUUGUCUGCCGCUUCAGAAUGUCCCUUUUGUGACUUUAUUUGGGACUAAAGAAGGCAGUUAGUGAAGCUAGUUCCGCCUUGGAUUCUCCCUGUGAUGGACUACAGCGACAAGUGUCAAAAGUACUUAGAGGUCAACGAAACACAGUGAAAACAGGUCUACUGCCUUUUGGAUACAUUUGCACACAAGUUUACUGGUUACUUGAAAACGAGUGCUGUAAUCACUGUGCUGCUAACAAGAAGUCACUGACACUGUUUCUGUGGAAGAUUUUUGUCGACAAUCAAUGAUCUUCAGAAGAAGAGCUGCUGACUGCUGAGUUUUGGACACUGUGAUGGAAAAUAAUGAUGAUGAAGUUGACCUGCAACACAGUACAACGCCGGAUGACGAAGGAAACUCUGGUGGGGGAUCACCUCCAACCAAACCCAAAGGCAAGUUUUCCAAAAUGGGGAAUAUCUUCAAGCCCUGGAAAUGGAGGAAGAAGAAGCCAAGUGACAAGUUCACUGAAACGUCGAAAGUCUUGGAAAGAAAGAUUUCUGUUAGAAAAUCUCGCAAAGAGCUGAUUGAAAAAGGGGUUCUGAAGGAUAUCCCAGAGAAUGACAGCAAUGAUGUUAACCACUCAAAAGCUCCACCAGUGAAAAAUGGGCACCCUGUGCCGAUGGAUGUGGAUAAAGUGUCGGAGGCAGGGGUGCGAAUACCUCGAGGGGAAUCUGACAUCAAGGUGAAAGCAGAUGAACGUAGAAACAGAGUGGCGUCCGAUGCCACCCGAAGUAACCGGGCACCUCUGGAUGUGGACUCUCAUGCACGGCUUUCUGUGGAUGUAGACAGACGAAGUCGUCUUCCAUCAGAUGUUGAGAAGAGAGGCGGAACUUUACCCCGAGGACCUCCACAAGAUGAUAGAUACCGCAGAGACGAGAGGAGAGAUGGAAAAGAUGACAGAGAGGACAGAGGAAGGAAGAACAGGGAUGAUAUGGAAAGAAGGGACUGGCGAGAGGAAAGGGAUGGAGUGGUUGACCGAAGGGAAGAUGGAGACUUCAGAGAAAGGCGAGAAUGGAGAGAUGAAAGAGAGAGGAGAGAUGAAAGAACAGAGAAAGACAAUAGGGAAAGGAGAGAGCGCGACGAGAGGGAAAGGAGAGAGCGCGACGAGAGGGAAAAGAAGGAUCGCGACGAGAGGGAAAGGAGAGAUCGCGACGAGAGGGAAAAGAAGGAUCGGGAUGAGAGGGAGCGCAGAGAUCGCGACGAGAGGGAACGCAAAAAUCGUGAUGAAAAGGAACGAAGGGAGGACAGAGACCGGAGAGAAGAUCGGGAUCGGCGGCUUGAGAGGGAAAGGAAAGAGAGCAGAGAUGACCGAAAAGAUGAAAGAGAAGAGAGGGAGAGGAAAGACGUGCGAGGAGAAAGAGAUGACGGGGACAGGAAAGAUGACCGAGUGAGGCGAGAAGAAAGGGACAAGGGGGGUGACUGGGCCAAGCGAAAUGAAAGAGAGCGACGAGAUGAGAAGGAAAAGAGGGAGGAGAAGGAGAAGAGGGAAAAGCCAGAGCCUCAGCGGCUUGUCUCUGAGAUAGACUUGCGGCAACAGAAGAGCUCCAUAGAGGACAACAAGAGGGUUUUCCCAGCCUCUGAGGCUGACAGCAGGAACACCCUGCCCAGAUGCCUCCCAGCUGCACAGUUCAGAGAUCGCUCAGAGUCCACUGGCGUCCGUUUCGCCCCUGACCCUCAUCCAGCACAAGACGCUCAGCAGGAACCUCCCCCACAUAAACAGGCUCUGCUUCCCCCUAAAUGUGUCACUCUUCCCUCCCCCUCCUCCUCUUCUUCAUCCUCCUCCUCUUCUUCCUCCUCAUCAUCAUCCUCCUCUUCCUCCCCGCCUGUUAUAGCUGUGGCCAAGCCGCCGAGGACAGUCUCCCUAAUAGUUACCGACCCACCUCGACCCGCCCCCCCUGCUCCUUCCCCAGCUGAGUCUGCCUUGCCGCCACCUGUCCCUCCCCACGCCAAGCAGCCUCCUGUCCCUCCACCCAAACCCAACAACCGCAACAGCAACCCUGCAGUGCUUGCUUCCUCAUUGAACAGGGGCUGUAAGGGCAGGCAGCCUUGUUACUGGACCAGCUGGAGACGCCAGAGUGAGCUUGGCCUGUACCUUUCUCUACCUGUAAACCUGCGGCACAGCGCUGGCCAGACCUGCUCAGCGGAGCUUUCACAGCCUGGCAGUGGAGUCAUCAUAGUGCCAGCACCUGCUAAGCCCUCACCACCGACACCACCAAAAAGGUUAACCCCUGUCACCAAGCGCCAAUCUGUGGACCCGUCUCCUCCUAGUCAGGUCCCAGACGUUCCCACCACUGACCCGGCCUCAGCCCCUGUACUGGCGCCUCCUGUUGUCCUUAGAGGAAAUAACAAUGAGGACAAGACAAAUGCUGCUGCCCCUCAGACCUCAGAGCCUCUGCCUUCACCAACGUCCCACAUACCUCCAUCUCCUCCCAGGGUCCAUUCGCUCCAGCUGCCCAGCACCACCCCCUCUGGUCCUGUGCCCGCUGUGCAAGCUGAUCCCCCCAGCCCGACCACCGAGCCUCCCAGCCAGCCUCCGGCCAUCCCCCUUCACAUCCUCAUCCGGAGAGCCCUGGCCAACCCCAGCCCAGCUCAGCCCAAAUCAGACGGCUCCCAGAGGGCCCAUUCAGUUCUGUUUGAGUCUCCUCCUGAUGUCCUCGCCGAGCAGCGGGGGAAGUCACGGUACUCUCUCCCUGUCACCAUCGAACCCCUCAGGCUGCCAGAAGACGAUGACUUCGACAUGGAGGAGGAGCUGCGGAAGCUUCGACCUCAGAGGCCUCAGUGGCCUCCUCGCCAGCCUGAGAUGGAGCCCCGCAGCAGGAUGGGUUUGGUCGGAGAUUACAGAGUGAGUGUCAUCCCUGAAGACAGAGACUCCGAGGAAAGCGAGGAGUCCGACUCUGACGGCCCUAUCCUGUACAGAGACGACGAUGAUGAUGAUGAGGACGAUGAGGAAGGCCCUCCAAGUGGACUGGCCAGCCGUGUGAAGAGGAAGGACACGUUAGCCCUGAAGCUGGAGAGACGGGAGAGAGAAGACCGAGAGCAGAGGGAGGAUGAGGAGAACCACGACCUGGGUUGGCAGAACAAGGAGCAGUGGUUGGAACUGAGGAACAAGAUCGGUACCACACUGAACCGGCGGCUGAGUCAGAGGCCGACAGCAGAGGAGCUGGAGCAGAGGAACAUCCUUCAAGCCAAGAAUGAAGCGGAUCGACGAUUAGAAAGAUCUGAAAUCAAACGGAGGCUCACCAGAAAGCUGUCGCAAAGACCCACAGUAGCUGAACUCCAGGCGAGGAAGAUCCUGCGUUUCCACGAGUACGUAGAGUCCACCCACGCCCACGACUACGACCGGCGAGCAGAUAAACCGUGGACCAAGCUCACUCCUUCUGACAAGGCUGCCAUCCGCAAGGAGCUCAAUGAAUUCAAGAGUUCAGAGAUGGAGGUUCACGAAGAAAGCAGGAUCUAUACCCGGUUCCACCGGCCUUAGCUGUCCACGCUGACCAGUAAAGGCACUUAGACUGGGGGUCUUGAUGAGCUGCAAGUUUGUCUCCCCACUGUGAACUGAACAUGUGGUCCAUUUGGUCCGUUUUUACUGACUGCUGAUUACUGGAACCAAAGCGAAAGACGCCACAGAUCAGUUCAACCAUGGGCGGUUCUCAGACAUGCUCAGGCUCUUACUGAAUUCAGGACAGGACGAGUUUGUUUGUGCGGCCAUGUUGGAGGUACCCAGUGCCAACACUAAAAGAGGGAGAACCCCCCCCCCCCCCCCCCCCCGCCCACUGGGGGCUCAGAGAAAGUUAGCUUGAACUGAAAGGAUAACUGUUAUCACACUGUCUCCGUCAGGGGAAACCACUCUCAUCAAGCCUUUACCUGCCUUUGCAUUAUAUUUUCUCCCUUCCAUGCAGAACAGUAACACUAUGCACAUACAGAGAUCAUCGUAGUUCUUAUUAACACUGUCGAUUGUACAACCAAACUGAAAUACUUCUUUAUGUUACUACAGAUGUCUACUCAAAGGUGCCAUGCAGCACCAGCCUUACUCCUCACAUGAUCUUACACACUAAUUUAAUUUAAGGUUCAAACUAAAUGUGAAAGACGUCUGUACAAUAAUGUGUAUUUUAUUUAAGACUCGGUUGGAGUUCUUUAAAUCAACAGUUUGAUCUCUGUAGACCCUCAGAGUGCUGAUUCCAACCUCAAAGUGUGCAUCUUACUGUAUUUUGUUGAUGAUGAUUGAAAUGAUUCUCAUGGAGCACAUGUCACUAGACUAUUUUCUAAUAAGGCACCUUAUCCUUAAUUGGGUGUGUGGAAAAUGUAAACGUUUUGAGCGUUUAUAUUUCUGUGUUUAUAAUUGAAUUAUUCAAGCAGGAAAAUGUACAUAUUUUUAUUUUCCUGGCUGUUUUUAUGGUACUUUAUAUAUGCAAGUCCAUAGUUGGCUGCAAUUGUAUAGAUCAAUUGUGUAGAUUUGAUUGACUUUAUAUUGUACAUCUGCAGUAAUGACAUGUUUUAAUUGUAAAGUAUUUCUCAAAUGUUAUUUCCAAGUAGUAACGGCACAAAAUCUAUAUUUUUUUGAUACAAAGAUCUUUAACAUGUUUUUGCAAACCACACUGUACAAAUGAAUAAUCUGCUCAAAUUAAAAUAACCUGUGAUUUUCAUUUCAAAA